AUGACUCCCGAGGAACCUCCGGCCUUCAAUUUGACCGAGGUCGAUCGUCAAGUCCUCGCGCAGACCGACGAGGAGUUCGUGCUUCAUGACUGGGAGGAUCUCAAGUCCAUCAUCGCACGCAACGAUCUCGGCAUCCUAAAACGGAAACCCUCCGAUCUAACCCGCUACCUGGCCUGGUCUCAUCAAACCAAGCAACAGUACGGCACUAUCACAAACUACAUCUGCCAGAAGCGUCUAGGCUGGACUAUUCCCUCUUCUUCCCCUUCCUCAUCAUCCACCACCACUCCAUCCACAUCCACCCCAACUUCCUCCAUCACCACUUCCACAGAAACCACCAUCUUCCCCUACAAGAACCCCAUCCCCUUCGCAGACCCAUCCGAUUACAAGAUCCUGCGCAACGACUGGCCCUACGGUCUCGCGCCCGGAAUCUCGCACAUUGUAGUGUGGUUGCGGACUCCCGUGGCAGUCAAGGAAGAAAACGGGGACGUGACGGAUGAGUCGCGGGCGUUGAUAGAGGCGUUUGUGCAGCGGACGUUUGUGGAUGCGGUGGUGCGGGAAGAAGGGGUGAGUGAGGCGGAGGCGAGGGAUCGGGUGCUGUGGUUUAAGAAUUGGGCGGCUUUGCAGAGUGUGAGGAGUUUGGAACAUGUUCAUGUUCUGGUUAGGGAUGUGUCAGAGAGAUUGUUGACUGAGUGGACCGGGGAGGAGGGGGUGAAGCGUUAA